AUGUCUUCAUCUUCAGCCCCAACAGGACUGGUCAUCGAUCAGACGACCAUACUGUCGCUCUUGUCCACUUUAGCCAUUCUGGCUGCCGCCUAUCUGACAUCCCUCUAUACGCUUCCUAGCACCGCGAGCACCAAAACUCGCUUCCUCUUCAUCUGGCACGCCUUUGACGCACUAAUUCAUUUCAUCCUUGAAGGCACGUUCCUCUACAACUGCUUCUUCUCCUUCGGUCCCACUCUGCUCACCGAGCCUCUGCUUCCUGCCAACGUCCACUUCUUGGGUCGCGUGGGUAGAAACUACGGUGCUGCGUACGGAGAGCAUUGGCACAGUGCGCUUUGGCGCGAGUAUGCUAAAGCUGAUAGAAGAUGGGCGGGAACUGACCUUACGGUUGUGAGUUUGGAGCUGUUGACCGUGUUUGUGGGCGGGCCUUUGGCUUGUUGGAUUUGUUUGCAGCUGGUCAAGGAGAGAUGGGGAAGUGCUUGGUUCUGGAUGUGUGUACUUGCUACUGGAGAGCUCUAUGGUGGUAAGUAUCGUGUUCUCAUCCUCGCUGCUUUUACGUUCUCGUGGUUUUUGGUCAGGGUCGCUGCCGGAGACUUGAUCGUUUGA